CGGCCCCCUUGCCAAAAGCGCUUUUGCUGCUCUCGAGACUACCCUCGGCCUGCUUUGCACCUCUCGGGGCUGCUCGCGACCGACAAGGAUUUUGCAACCCGCGCGGGGAGGCUCCCAGCAUCAGUGCACAGCACUGCAGCGUGCAGUAGGCAUGCAGCUCUGGGGAAGCGCCGGCGCCGCCAUGGCCAAGACGACGAUCCUCGGCUUCGGCAGCCUCCUCUCGGAGCAGUCGAGCCGCCUGACCUUCCCGGACCUCGAGAACUUCCGGCUCGUGCGCGUGCCGAACUACCGGCGGCUCAUGCAGCAUCCCGCCUCGAUCUUCUUCCAGCGCGGCAUCGCCGACCCGCAAAAAAAGAACUGGUGCUCGCUCUCGGCGGAGCCGUGCCCGGGAAGUUCCUUCGUGGCGUGCGCCUUCGAGGUCGCGUUCGAGGGGGAACAAAGGGCGGCCUACGAGCUGCGGGAGGAGGAGUUCCAUGUCGUGUCAGCGCCGUAUACCACACUGGAGGGCGCGCCCGCGGGCGAGGGCCUCCUCUGCGCGCAGUGGACGGACGAGGGCUACCGCGCGAAAUACGGCGACGCCGUCUUCGAGGAGCGGUACGGCCGCUACGGCGUACAACAAAUAUGGGGCUGGCCGCGCGACUGCGGCGCGACGCCGUGCCCGGUCUACCUGCGCCACUGCGUCCUCGCGGCCGAGAAGGCCGGGCGUGUCGCGUCCGACUCGUUCCUCGACGAGACGUGGCUGGUGGAUCGCGAGACGACGGUGCGCGCAUUCUUAGCAACGCAUCCCGAGGUCAUGGCCACGCGGCCGCCGCCCGAGCUCGUGGGGAGAUAUAGUGGAUAACAAAAAUUAGGCCUUCUCCUCGCCGACGUCGGGGUCGAUGCCGGCCGCGUCCGUGAGCUCGCCGAUGCUCUUUUCGAGGUCGUCGAUGCGCUGACCCAUCUCGUCGAUGCGCGCGACGAUCUGGUUCGACAUGCUCUCGAAGCGCGUCUGCC